AUGCGCACCCUUAUCCUAGUUGCUCUUGUUGCCAUCGUUGCUGUGGCCUCUGCCCAGGGACCGGGAGGUCCUGGCGGUUGGGGCGGCGGCUGGGGUGGUCCCCGUGGCGGUCGCGGUGGCCGCGGCGGUUUCGGUGGUCCUGGACAAGGUGGCCCCGGCGGUUUCGGUGGUCCGGGUCAAGGUGGCCCUGGCGGUUUCGGUGGCCCCGGCGGUUUCGGUGGUCCAGGCGGUUUCGGUGGUCCAGGCGGUCCUCCUCGUGGUCCUGGUGGUCCUGGAGGCUUUGGCGGACCAGGCGGUGGUCCAGGAGGUCCAGGAGGCCCUGGGGGUCCAGGCGGUCCAGGAGGUCCGGGCGGUCCAGGAGGUCCAGGCGGUCCAGGUGGCCCAGGACCAUGGGGACCACCAGGCAACAGCACUACCAGCACCACCACCGAGGCAUCCACUUCCUCCUCAUCCAGCUCCAGCUCCAGCUCCAGCUCAAGCUCCACUUCCACAACUACAACCGAAGCCUCCACUUCCAGCUCCACAGAGUCUGGUGCUUAG